AUGUUCGAUGAGGGCAGAGAGUUUACGGCUGCCACUUUCCAAGAAGGCCUUGAACGUCAUGGAAUCAUCCCCCUCGAGGUGUCGAGACAGGUCCCGUUUGCCAAUGGUGUUGUGGAACGAAGAGGAGGAAUGUUCAAGGAGGUGUAUUAUCGUACUAAGGAGUUGGUGCAACCAGUUUCGCUGGAAGAAGUUGAGGAUGCAGCGUGGAACCGGGCGCACGAGAUCCGCGCUGCCGCUCGCAAGGCCCUGGUCGAGCUCGAUGCGAAG